CGCAUCUGCCCCACAUCUGCCCCGCAUCUGCCCCGCAUCUGCCUGUCCAAAGCCAUCCAUUCCGCCGGCAGCGUCAGGAGCAAAUGAAACGACAGCGGGAGACCCCGUCCUCGCCCUCGGCCGGCGGAGGCAAGAGGGCUGCACUCCAGCAGCCCACGAUAUCGUCGUUCUUUCUCCCGAAACCACCCUCAAGAACGACCAAACCGUCAACGGAAGCGGAGCCCGUCGGUGUCGGAUUCAGCGCCGGCGAAGCCAUAGUCCUCGACGAUGCUCUCAGCGAUGGCUCGCACGGCAGUGCUCCAAAGGAUCCACCGGCAACUGCAUCGACAGCGGCAAUCCAUCCCGAUCGGAGCUCCAAACGGCCGCCACGCACACGGAGCUUGCACAAGUUUGCCUUUGGCCGGGGCGAGACGACUGGCACAUCGACUCCCGAAGAGACAGCGAUCGAUCUUGACGAUGUGUCUUCUUCGAUCAACUUGGUGAUCGGCGACGAGUCCAUGGCAUCACCGUCCUCCGAUAAACUAGAUCGAAUCUUCCGCGAGGCACAGAUGGUCGACCCGGAGCAAACUGGAAAGCCGGCCAUGGUGUCAUCCCUCGAACGAAGCCGAGGAAAGGCAUCUGAGCGGGCAUCUGAGCGGGCGUCGGAAAAGUCUCCUGCUGGAAGGAGACCUUUCUCUCGCAACUAUACCCCGCUGGAGCAGCAGUUCCUGGAAAUCAAGCAGAGCCACCCAGACUGCAUCUUGAUGAUGGAAGUUGGAUACCGAUAUCGGUUCUUUGACGAAGAUGCCAAGAUUGCAGCCAAAGAACUCAACAUCCAAGCACACAUGGACCACAGCAUGUUCACAGCAUCCGUGCCGACUUUCCGAUUGAACGUCCAUCUCAAAAAACUGGUGCAUCUUGGCUAUAAAGUCGGUGUCGUCAAGCAGAUGGAAAGCGCGGCGUUGAAAGCCGUGGGCGAUAACCGCAACGCACCCUUCAUACGCAAGCUACAUCGAGUGUUCACGAAGGGAACAUUUAUCGAUGAGUUUUCGGACUCAGACGACGAGCCCGACGACUCGUCGGCGCCUUAUAUCUUGUCGCUUCGAGAGUCGAAAGAAACGUCAGCUGUCUAUGGCCAAGUGUCGAUUGCAGUUGUGGCCUUGAACGUGUCGACUGGAGAGAUCAUAUAUGACCAGUUCAUGGACGGAUUCAUGCGGGCCGAGCUGGAAAACCGUCUGAAUCACAUCCGCCCAAGCGAGAUUCUGCUCCCAGCCGAACCCAUGACGCAGAUCACAGAGCAGCUGGUGGCUAAUUUGAGAUUCAGGCCCAGCGACGAGAUCCGGAUAGAGCGACUCAAAAGCGAGCUCUUACCAUAUCCCAAAGCCAAGUCGACCCUCCUGAGCUUCUAUGAGGCUCAGAUGCAGCGAGAAGACUCUGAGGAUAGCGAUGUCGCUAAAGCCUCGUCCCUCGCAUCGCUCUACUCGCAGAUCCACGAUCUCCCCGAAGAUGUCGUCGUCGUGAUGCACGCAAUUUACGAGUACUUGCGCCCGUUCGACCUGGCCAAUGUCUUCUCCGCUACGGCCGAAUUCAGCCACUUUUCGACCCUGGGACAGAUGCUGCUUCAGGCCACCACCCUCUCGAGCCUUGAGAUCUUCAACAAUAGCUUCGAUGGUCGCGAAGAAGGCAGUCUGUUCCACCGACUCAACAAAACUAAAACAAAGUUUGGCAGCCGACUUUUCCGCAGGUGGCUCGCGCGACCGCUCGUGGAUGCCGCCUUGCUCGAGUUGAGAAUCAAGGCUGUCGAGGCGAUUCUGCUGGCCACGUCCAACGGUGACGAGGCGAUCAAGAAGAUGAAAGGACUCAUCUGCCAGAUACCAGAUCUCGAAAAGUCCUUGUCGCGGAUCCAUUACGGUCGAUCUCGUCCAGUGGAGCUGUACUCGGCACUCGAUAGCUUUAGAAAGUUUGGUGCUGUAGCCUCGAUGGCCCUCGGCCAAAUCAAGAACCAGUCCGAGCAAUUGGGUGCAGUAGACGCACCGUCUGAAUUGCUCCGACAGAUAUUUGACGCCGUUGCCGAGGGAUAUGCCCCAGCCAUGUUUCUGGUCUCCAAGAUGAGUCUUGAGGCAGCUCAAGCCGAUGACAAAUCGCAGUUCCUCAUCGAUACGAUCGGCGGGCGAUGUGAUGAGCAUAUGCGCAGUAUUCAAGACCUCAAGCAGGAGGCGACCGACAUUGCGACGGGUUUGAGAGCACACGUUGUGGACUUGCGGAAACAGUUUGGAAUCCCAAGCAUGGACUUUGUAUCUGUUUCUGGAAACGACUACUUGAUCGAAGUUCCAAACUCGGUGGUCUCAAGGAUCCCAAAGAACUGGGAGAGAAUAUCAGUAACCAAGGCAGUGUCUCGGUUCCGCGACGCCUUUGUCAACGAGGAACUACGUCGACUGGAGAGAAACAAGGAGCGCCUUCACAAUGCCUCAAACGAACUAUACCAGGCAUUUCUCCGCGAAAUCUCAGAGAAGCACAUGAAAACGUUCCGCUCCGUAGUCAAUCAUCUGGCCAUGCUGGACUGUCUACUCUCGCUAGCCGUGAUAGCGUCCCAGCCAGGAUACGUAAAGCCCGCGAUAGCCUCCGAGUCAGCGACAAUCCAGGUCAAAAACGGCCGCAACCCAAUCGUCGAGCAGCUUGUGGAUGGCUUUGUGGCCAACGACAUAUCGAUCGAGGACGGAUCGCGGUUUAUGCUGAUUACAGGUCCAAAUAUGGGCGGCAAGUCGUGCUAUGUCCGUCAGGUGGCCUUGAUCGUCCUGAUGUGCCAGAUUGGCUCGUACAUCCCCGCGGAAGAGGCCCGCAUUGGACUCUUUGAUGCCAUAUUCUGUCGGAUGGGAGCCGCCGACAAUCUGGUCCGUGGUGAGUCCACGUUCAUGAAGGAGCUCGCCGAGACCUCGGACAUUCUGCGGCUGGCUACCCCCAAGUCUCUUGUGAUCCUCGAUGAGCUCGGCCGAGGAACAUCGACGCACGAUGGAACUGCAAUCGCCUGGGCGACAGCCGAGUUCCUGCUCUCCGGCCAUGCGCGUGUGCUUUUCGUCACGCACUACCCUUCCCUUGGCGAUCUGCAGCGCGAAGACGAGCAGGGCAGCGUCGUCUCUUGCUUCCACAUGGGCUUCAUCGAGAUCCAAGAUAACGAUGCGGACGGAGAUCACCCCGAGAGCGUCGAGAUCGAGAAGAUUGUGUUUCUUUACAAGCUUACACCGGGCCUCGCAAAGCGAUCCUAUGGUUUGAAUGUUGCCCGACUCGCUGAGAUACCCCGAGAUGUGCUGGAACUCGCCAAGAUCAAGUCCGAUGAGCUCGAGCUCAGACACCAGGCGACCAAGAACAUUCGGCGUUUCAAACAGCUCCUCUCUCUCCGUGCAGAGCAAGGGCGGUGAUCUCCCAUCGGGCUGCUGAUGAAAGAUCGCUGUCAGCGGGGAGCUUGUUACAGUGUUCCUAUUUUGAAACGGGACAUCCUGUUUAGACCAGGACUAUUUUCUGGGACCUCAAUACGCACACACCUAUUGCAACCAUGGCCAAACGCCAUGCCCAAGGAGACCGAGGCGGUGAUUGCCAUCGGAAAUGCGUUAUGGCUUCAAUGCAGGGGCUAUGCAUCCAGUCCCAGGAGGCAGCGGUUUGCGCGGUGCUUUGAGCGGUGCAGGUCGAUUGUGAAGACCGG